UCCCCUCGUAUCCAGUCAGUCAACAGUUAAUUCGCAAUGGUUCUUGUUUACGUUUUUGGCAGCAUUAAAAAUAGCUUAUUUUCUUGAAACCGAAUAAUGGAAGCGAAAGAUGAUGAUUACUGGAACGACACCGCCAAUAAGUCCUUUAACUUUGACGAUGACGAGGUAGCUGUUCUGGAAGUGCCAGGCUUGAAUCGACGAAGCCUGUUCAGCGAGGACAAUACGUCGGAGGUGAACUACCCAAGCACCCAUAGUGAGCUUCCACUGCAUUUGCUGAUUUCUGAGCAAGAUCUGGCGUCAGUACUAGCGGAUCAAUCACGCCAUGAGUUACCGCUCCCCAAGGGCAUUAGUGUAGAGGAGGAAAUCAAGCUACUUAGGAAAAGACUGCAGCAUUACAGCUACGCACCUUCCACGAAAUCAACCAUGGCGAUGCUCAUCCUGGCCAAACCGUGUUCGCUGGAAAUGUUCCGAUCCCUGCGAGAGAAGGAAGACUUAAUUGAUGCCGCUAUUGCAUCUGGUAACGGAAAUGCUAUUUUGAAGGUGGUGCUAUUUCUAGAGAAAACUCUCAAGAAAAAGCUGUUCUACAGAUUGCUGCAAAUUCGCUCGGAGGCUGUCAGUCACUACAUUAACUAUAUGGCUGUUCGAUUGAGGGUUACCGAAUGUACAGAUUUGUUAGUAUUUUUGGGCAGACAUCACGAAGCGAGUUUGCUCCAGUUCUCGAUUUACGUUCGAAGUACAACCAACAUCGAGUUCAAGCGCCAAAGGCUGAAAAAGAUUAGUGCUGAUUAUUUCUCACAACCUGGUGCGAACAGCUUCUAUGCUCAGCUGGUAUCAAACUACAUCAAUCUUAUAGAGUUCCAAAUAGCAAAACAGCAUUCGACUAGUGUUGUGUCUGCUGGAUCCAUCUUGGAUCGAUCCGUUCUUGAGACCCUGUUCUAUGUUUGUAACCAUUACAAAUGGGGCGACACAUCGCUGCAGACUAACGAAAAUCCUUUCAAGUUGGCGGAAAGCCACCAGGUGUCACAAUCACAACUAGAGUGGAUAGCUCUGAACGAACGAGCCCAGCGUCAGGCCUGGCUUGAUUUUGAGCACAUCUUCGAGAAAAAGGCGUGGCUCAAUCUGAAGCAAAAGUCGUUCAAUAUACAUAUUCCAUUGGACAAAACCAUUCUGCGGCUGUUCGCUUUGCAUGCACCGGAACCCGUACUGACUAAUUUUCUUGCUAAGGUAGAUGAACCCCUGCGCAGAUUGACGUUGGCUCGAAAGGUUAACGCGAAGAAAGGAAUCGUCGACGCGCUAGUUGCCUUGAAGGAUCGUGGGGAGCUAGAGAACUAUCGUGAUACCUUGGAGGCUGGCACAGGUGAACGAUAUUACGCUGAGAACGCACUCAAAACAUUGAACAAUAAGUGGAAAAGUGAUGCAAUCAAACUGAUCAAAUAAAAUUUAAAAGCAUUAAGUAUUUGUUUAUUAUAAUUAUAAAUUUUAUUGACGAGAAAAUAAAAAUGCGAAGCAUUAGCAUGCAUAGGUGUAGUAUGA